GGCUCACAGUCAAUCCUUAGCCGAGCUGCUUUUCGAUUUGGCCAACAGGAAAAGGCAAACACGGACCAAAGGAACUGUUCCUGACGCAUUCCAUGCCUGCUGUGUGGUACCGGAGUAUCCCCGACCAGCUCCCCACCAUUCAUCAUGGCUUCCACGCCUAGGAAGCGGUCUUCCUACGAUGCUGGCUUUGAGUCGGCGCAAAAAGACGACAGUCGCGCUUCUACUAUUCCCGACGGACGGUCUCUUCCGAAGAUUUCUAAAGCUCGUGCCUGUGCAGAAUGCAAACGACAUAAAAUUCGCUGCGAAAUCAAACCAGGCGCAUCGAGCUGCUCGAAAUGUCUCCGGAGCGGGAUCAAGUGCGUGGUUAACGACUUUUCGCAAAAGUUCGUCGACGACGACGGGGUAUGGAAAUCGCAAGCUGCAGCCUCCCUUCAACAACUUCAAACAGCCGUUUCGCAUAUCCUCUGCCAAAAUGGUCUACCAGAGCUCUCCGCAUACCAAACAGGCGAUAAUCGCAGCAAGCCCAGUCCCGUCGCAUCCAUCAAUGGACACCCUCCUUCUUUACACGAUGACGCACUGUCAAGUACAAGCCACAAUGGACCGGAGCCGGUGAUGGAUGUGAUACGAGAGCCGUCGCAGGAGCCGGAUCUCCAGGACCCAGAACUGGUUCCGGCACCGAUGCGCAGUCUCUACGAGGUGACCAAGCUGCGCAAUUUUCGGAACAAUCCUGUGGAGAAACCCAAGGUGACCAUGCUCGAGGAAGACUUUAUCUCGCGAGGAUUGAUUUCGGUCCAUGAAGCUGAGGAGCUGUUCGCAUACUUUAGUCGGACUAUGAAUCAGCUCCUAUGGGGUGGGAUUAUCCUCGUACAUCGUGAUCUUACCUCCGUCCGUCGUGCAUCUACCUUGCUGUCUGCGGCUGUGUUGACGAUUGCCGCGCUUCAUAUCCCCAAUCGUACGGAUACGUUAAAUCGAUGCUAUGGCGAGUACGUAUCCCUCGUAUCCAGCAUGUCCCUGUCGCGGGCGCACACAUUAGAUGACAUUCGCGCACUUUGCGUCGGGGCUUUUUGGCUUUCCGAGUUGAGCUGGAAGCUCUCAGGUCAUGCCGUUCGAAUUGCUACGGAGUUGGGUCUCCAUCAGAGCUAUCAAAAGUUCAUCCGCGGCCAUACCGAUCAGUAUGAGCGCGCGCAGCUCUGGUAUCUACUCUACGUAUGUGACCACCACUUUAGCAUCGCAUACGGCCGACCGCCUGUCAUGCACGAGGACAAUGCAAUCAAGAACCAUGAGACUUUUCUCCAGUCCCCGAUGGUUGUUCCUGGGGAUAUCCGACUUCUAGCACAACUGGCUCUGUUCAUGAUAUUAACGGAGGCAUACCGGACUUUUGGAUCAGAUGCUGAGCAAGCCUUGACAGAAGAAGACUUCGGUCAGUUGCGGGUCUUUAACGUGGCAGUAGACCAAUGGCGACUACUCUGGCAACCGCGUUCUUGUAGGUAUUCCCAAUUUUAUGGUGGAACUCCUUGCGAAUUGACACCAUCAUUAGCCGACAGUCCUUAUGUCCGGACAUAUCCCUCCAAAGGAGUGGUGCUCCACUAUCAUUUCGCUAAAUUUCAACUCAAUUCUCUCUCCCUCCGGGCCCUAUCACCCUCCAAUACCCCGGUGUUUUCCUUGGACCGCAAAGAGUCCGCCAACAUUGCCAUUUCGUCGGCGAUGGCAUGUUUGAACAUGGUGCUUGAAGAACCCGAUAUUCGAGAUGCGAUAGUCGGUGUUCCAAUCUUCACCCACACCAUGGUCACCUUCUCCGCCGUCUUUCUCCUCAAAGUAGCCGUGAACUGGAACUCCGCCUACCUCAGCCUCGACGGCCGCCAGGUGCGCCAUUUAGUCGAGCGAGUAAUCGAAUUACUGAGUUGCGUCUCCGCAGGCGAGAAGCACCUAACCCGCCACAUCGCCCGCGGAUUAGGCAAGAUGCUCGAACGCUUCGACACCUGGGAAAUGGCCUGGCAGGCCGGUCAUAUACCCAACGGACAUGGCGGCGCCAUGCCCGUAAGCACAUGCGGAAUUGUCACCAGCGGGACACCUGCGGAGGUCCCUGGGGGCGCGAAUGCAAUGGCACAGGGCUUUCCGCCGCCGGAUCUAAUUUAUGAUAUGGUGGGGACGUAUGGGUUUGGGUUAGAUGAGAAUCUGCUGGAUCCGAGCAUGGCGAAUUUCGAAUUUCUGGCGUCGUGAUUUUGUUUCUUUUCUUUUGUGAUUUUUUGUGCCAUAUACCCUGGAUAGUUGUUUGGUAUAGGGUUGUGUUGGUUGUGUUGGUUGUGCUGGUUGUGUUGUAUUUAUAGUGCUGCUACGCUAUCAAUUGGUUCCAUGGUUCAUGGUGGUAUGUGCUGAUGUCACGGUUAUAAUGACAAUGGAUUAGACAGUGUCCGGCGUCAUACUUUCUCCUCUGGUUUCUGAUAUGAACACAUCUGAUUGCUUAAGGGUACAGCCCAGGGGAAGCUCCUGGUAUUCG